AAAAUUCAGACGAUGCUGCAUAUGUAAGCAUAAGAAAAGUAGGGGAGAGAGACAGAAAGAGAGAACGAGAUGUCGCUGAGGUGGUUAGAAGCAGUACUGCCGCUGGGAAUCAUAGCGGGAAUGCUUUGUGUUAUGGGAAAUGCUCAGUAUUACAUCCACAAAGCAGCCCAUGGCCGACCGAAGCACAUCGGCAACGACAUGUGGGACGUCGCCAUGGAAAGAAGGGACAAGAAGCUCGUUGAGAAGUUGUAUGCUGCUAAUGCUUCUCAAUAAGCGAUCUCUUUCUUACCGGACUCUUUGUUGCUGGAGUUUUUAAGUAGUAAUAAAGUACUCAACUCAUCUUGAAGAAUCCUUGUAGCAACUCAGCCUCAGAUAAUUUUUUUUUCCUAUGUAUGUGAUUUUUUUUUUCUAUGUAUGUGAAUUUUUUCAAACUGCCUCUGGAAGACAACCUUUUCUUAGCGCUCCCUUGUGUUGGAGCUCUCGUUUGUUUGGAUAUCUUUGUAUCAGUUGCUCGUCCUGGACAUGCCUUUUUUCUUUUUAACCAAUUGAAAUUUUAGUUUCAAAA